UUAGUAUCCGAUUUCACCGAACAAUUAUCAUUACUAUACGACCAACAUGCGGAAGCUUUACAAAUAUUAGUAUCAUCAUUCAGAAAGAAAAAUGGAGAAUUAAGGAAAGAACGACCAGCAUGCCAUUCUUCACUAUUCCAAGCUUGGGAAACAUUUUUACAAGAAAUUGAAGCCGAUUCAGUGUCAUCAAGCGAUGUUGCGAGUACACUAUCAAGACAGGUGUCACGGCCAAUGCUGGAGAGAACGUUUCACAAGAAAGUUCAAAGUAGAAAAAUAUUUACUCACCGAGAAUCUUUUGAUACUAUUAUUUCAAAGACUGAAGAAAAAUUAUCAAAGUGCCGAAUGGAUUACAAACAAUGUUACAUGGCUCAUCGUCAGAAUCCAACCCAACACACAUUGACCAUGUACAUUGAUUCACACAAUGCAUACGUGCAACAAUUGCAUGCCACCAAUGCCAUGAUGGAAACGUAUCAUUGUGACACAAUUCCGCAAUUGAUGCAAGAGCUGGAAGAGAUUUACAGUGAAUUGUGUGCAAUUGUUUCGGAUUCUGUAUUGCGCGGUGCUGAUAUUAUCUCAACAAAGGCAAACGAACAAUCCAAGCGAUAUGAUGCUUUAUCAACCCAAUGUAGAAUAGUUUCUGGUCAACAGGAUUUAAAUAGUUUUCUAAGAUUUUUACAACCGGAUUCACCGAAAGUUCCUAGAAAAGCUUAUGCGCCACCACAAUCAGGACCAGGCGAUGCCGAUGAUGUAUUAGCUUAUAGCGAUCAAUCACCUAUUCCACUAAAAAACGAACUGAUUAUUGAACGAAAUGCUUCUUUGCAAAUGAGACCAUCCGUAGAAGCACUGAAGAGGGAAGCUUCAGAUAUUGAGUUGCAAAUUCGACAAUUACAGGACACUAUCGAAACAUUAAUCCGUACACAAAUUCGAGGUCUCGAAAAUCAACUCUAUAACAAAGUUAACGAACUUCAGGAAGACAUUUCGAUGAAAAAAUUCGAUUUACGAGCCAAACAAAUACAUCUUGCUGCUGUUAGAGCUCAG